UCCUAUCCCCACGACCACGACCACGAAACCCUCCGCCGUCACUACCUACCACUUUUCCCCACACGUCUCUACUUGUCCACUCUACCCCUGCGACAGAUCGAGAUGCAGGUCUAGCUUCACGCCGGCGGCCAUGGCGGAGGCAGCAAGGGGAGGGCCGACGCCUCCUCAUGGUGGCAUCCCGGAUGAGAUCCUCAUCUGGGACAUCCUCGUCCGCCUGCCCCCCAAAUCGCUCCUCCGCUGCCGUGCCGUCUGCCGCGCCUGGCGCACAGCCACCUCCGCCCGCGACUUCCUCAUCGCCAACCACGCCCGCCAGCCCACCCGCCCCCUCCUCUACGUCUGCAACCUUCCCCACUACGGCCACUACAAGGUCGGUGGCGACAUAGACAUCAUCCCCUUCGACCACCGGGCCGCCGCCGACAAGCUCCAGCCCGUCGCGCUACUUGGCCGAGCCUCCGAAUUCAAAGAUCUGGUGGCCUCCUUUGACGGCCUCGUUGUCUUCGACUGGUGGCGCCGCAAGUCCUUGGGUAUCUGCAACUCAGCGACCCGUCAGUAUGCCCGCCUCAUGGUGCCUAUGGACUUCACGUUCUUGGGGAUGUACCGUCACCCCCCAACCGGCGAAUACAGGGUACUGAUGUACCCGUGUCUGGCAGCUGGGAGGGAAGCUGGCUGCUAUGUUUUAUCGUUGGGCUCCAUCCAACCGCCGAGAAGCAUUGUCAGGCCGGGGGAAGUGCAUAAAGAAGUGAUAUUCGGCACCAAGUCUGUGCUAUUCCGUGGCGGGCUGCACUGGUACAGGGUGCAGCAGCACGAGGGCGAAAGCAACAUGAUAAUCGUAUUUGACACCACAGCCGAGACGUUCCGACAGAUGCGCGUCCCGGUUGUUCGUGGUACCACCUGUGAUGGGCUAUUUGAGAUGGAUGGCAUGCUCGGCAUGUCUAGCUUUAACGACAAAGCGACAAGCAUUGAUAUCUGGGUGUUGCAGGACUAUGCAAGCGAGGUCUGGACCUUCAAGUGCCACAUUGAACUGCCGCUUGCAGAGAUUAUGGCGUCGUGUGGAAAACGCGAUGACGAUGACUCUUGGGAAACGGUGGUCGUGCCUGGGGAUGGUGAGUUGCUUGUCCUGGUCAAAUUUCCCAACUGGCUAGUUCAGAUUGACAUGGAUGGCAAGUUGGUCGCCACUUUCAAUCACACAGGUGUCCAACCUACUCAACUGCAGCUCAAGCAAAGUCUUGUUCCGCAUGACUUCUUUCCAUCGCUACAUGGUUAUGUUGUGAACGGUUGGCCUUUCACCUGAAGUCUGAUGAGUCCGCUGAUGCAUUUCAAUGUCCUGGAUGUUUGUAUCCUCAUGAGCUGCAGUAUGUAUGAAUUAGGUCCACUAUGAGCUGCAGUAUGUAUGAAUUGAAGGGUUUUGUCGGCUUGUUUUGCUGUUGCCUCCAGCAAGUACUUUAUUUCGUUGUACUUUCGAACCUUUAUGUUACUUGUGGACUUCCGUUUGCGGUGUGGUUGUAUCGUGGUUGUGGCUUCAUUUGUAAAACAGGGCAAGAUGUCUUUUUUGGUAAGCUUCUUUGUUGAUGCAUGUAAAACUCAAAUCGAGAAUCUUUGGUUGUUACAUAGUUGCAUGAAAUCUAUGUUGGGCUUAUUGUGUGCAUCAAUGCCAAAAUUACCAAGUCAUUUUGGUGUGUGUUUGUACUAUGUGCUAACUAAUCUGCCCCAUGUAUCUGUUUUCUUGAACCGGAGAAUUGACUUCGGUUUUUUAUCCUGAGCCUCUAGGUGUCGUCUUGCUACUUAUUACUGGUAAUCUACCUUCCUGGUGUCUCUAUUUCUUGAACUCAAGAAUUGACGUUCCCUUUUUAUCCAGGUCUUAUUUUUUUUGCGAGAGAUUAUCUGGUGGCCUUAUUAAUAAUGAUGGUUGCAGCUUUAUUUAUAAAGUGGGGCAAGAUAACUUUUUUGGUAAGCUUCUUUGUUGAUGCAUGUAAAAUAUAAAUCAAGAAUCUUUGGUUAUUACAUGGUUCCAUGAUGUUUACGUUUGUGUCAAUACCCUUUUGGAAAGAAGGGAUUGUUGUGCGCGUCAAUGCCGAAAUUACCAAGUCAUUUUCCUAUGUGUUUGUAAUAUGUGCUAAUUAAUCUGCCCUAUGUAUCUAUUUUCUUGAACUGGAGAAUUGACUUCGCGUUUUUAUCCUGGGCCUCUAGGUGUCUUCUUAUUAUUUAUUACUGGUAAUCUACCUUCCUGGUUUCUCUAUUUCUUGAACUCAAGAGUUGGCUUUGCCGGUUUUUAUCUAGGUCUUCUUUUAGUCUGAGAGAUUAUAUGGUGGCCUUAUUAAUAAUAAAUAUUUGAUAAUCCACAUGUGUUUCCUGUUUCUUUUUUGCUCUGCCUAGCAAAUUGUCCUCUGUGUUGACUUGCAAGUUGCACCUAAUUUGUAGAAGAGCUUGGAUCUCUACUAUUUAAUUAAAUGAUUGCGCAAUCGGUAAUUUGUCUUCAUUAAUCUAUAUUGGAAAGUACAGCGCCAGGAAUUAUGUGGGCAAUGCUGUUGUAGAAGCGAGUUGAAAGCUCACUCUUGUCACUUGUUACUGCAUGUAUUAUGAUCCAUCGCAGGACAACUGAUCAUUCCUUACCGCCGAUGAAUUAUGUACCACUGCAUAGAAUUGCUCAGAUAUCGAAUUAGUAUGUGGAUAAUUUACUAUGUAACCCUUUUGGAGUCCCCGGUAACAUUUUAAACCAUGGAAUGCAGCAUACAACUUCAACAUUCAGAUCCUCUCCAGGCCCUCGUGGCAAGUAUCGUGCGCUGCAGGCAUGCAUUGUGUGGAGAGCAAAGGAGGGAAAAUGUGAUGGAGAUGGCUGGGUGUGGAUCGGGCUCGAUGUUCAGAUCCACUCUGCAACAAAGGUCUUCUUUUUGUGCGAGAGAUUAUCUGGUGGCCUUCUUAAUAAUCAAUAUUUGAUUAUUGAAGACACGUAGGGCAAUGCUGUUGAAGAAGCAAGUUGAAAGCUCACUCUUGUCACUUGUUACUGGAUGUAUUAUGUGUUAUCUCAGGAGAACUGAUCAUUCCUUACUACUGACAUAUUAUGUACUAUUGCAUAGAAUUGCUCAGCUAAUCAAAUUUAGUCUAUGGAUAAUCUACUGCAUAACCCUUUUGGAGUGCACAGUUACAUUUCAAACCAUGAAAUGCAGCAUACAACUUCAACAUUCAGAUCCUCUCCGGGCCCUUGUGGCAAGUGUUGUACGCUGCUGGCAUGCAUUGUGUGGAGAGCAAAGGAGGGAAAAUGUGAUGGGAGAUGGCUGGGUGCGGAUCGGGCUCGAUGUUCAGUUCCUCUCUGCAAUAAAGGCAUCAGCGGCGCAACCACCGCCUUUCCAAAUGUUUCACUUCUCUGAAUGUUUCAAGUUUGUUAGUAUGAAGCACCAUCGGCACUUAAAGAAAAUGCUAUAUAUCAUCUAAUUGCAAGCAUAUAUUUUCAUUCU